AUCAAAGUUGUACUCGACAUCGGAGGGAAAAGGUCGUCCCGUGGCAUUGGGUCCAAAAAGUACCCCAUACGCAGCCCGCAGUUCUCCUCAAAGGUCCAUACCUGAACUUUAUAACCGGCUGAGGUUGAAGGUCAGAAUACCGAGAUGAAUAACCCAAAAGCGAAGGUAUUCCGACCUCCGCUGUGAAGCCAAAUACAAUUUUCUCCUUUUUUAAAAAAAACCGGGAGCGCACUCCAUUACCUGAGAACAAUGUCUUUUUUGACGAAAAAGAAGAAGUUCAAGUUUCAAGUGCAUUUCACUUUAGAGGAGCUUACGGCAGUGCCUUUUGUCAACGGAGUACUUUUCUGUAAGAUCCGGUUGAUCGACGGUGGGGACUUUGUCAUCCUAUCAUCCAGGGAGGAGGUGCAACAGAACUGUGUCCGAUGGAGGAAGAAGUUCUCUUUUGUGUGCAAAAUGUGCACUAAUGCCAUCACUGGCAUUUUGGAGCCUUGCAUCUGUAGGGUCUCAGUACGCAAGGAGCUUAAAGGAGGAAAGGCAUUUUCAAAGCUGGGUUUUGUGGAUCUGAACAUUGCUGAAUUUGCGGGCUCCAGUUCAACAGUUCGCUGUUGCAUCCUGGAGGGUUACGACCCAAAAAAUACUCGUCAGGACAAUUCAAUUCUCAAGGUGACAAUUGGGAUGGCACUUCUGUCUGGUGAUCCAUGCUUUAAAAUGCCUCCAAGCACAGUAAAAUCAGUCUCUGUCAGAGAUGAUGAUCCCACCCUGCAGCUGGACUGUAAGGGUGACAGCACUGAUGUCAAAAUACAACCACUCAGCACCAUAAUGGAGGGACCUCGUGGCUUUAAACCUCGACAGACAUCAGUACGUAGCUCAGGGCUGCCUGAUGAGGGGGGUAAUGUCUUCAUGCAAGAUGAGGUAUUUCACAGUGGUCAUUUCCGCAAUUCCAGUUUUGCCAUCCAGCAUAGCAGGAUAUCAGGUUACAGCACAGGUCAGUCUCGCUCUUCCAGCCUGACUGAUCUUAGUCACCCUUGCAGCAUCUCAUCCAGUAGCAGCGUUUCAUGUGGGUUUGCGCACCCACAUCCCUCCACCCCAACACAGGUGCAUCAGCACGGAAAUCUCACCAAACCCAAGAGACCUCCACUACCCUCCGUAGCUGCCAUCAUUUCAAAUAGAUCGUCCAGAAGGAACAAUGACAUGAUGGAGACGCAACAUAGCUGCGUGGACGAUACCCGCAUUGAUGCUGACGACAUUGUGGAAAAGAUUGUUCAGAGUCAAAAUUUUUCAGACACCAGCAACAAUGAAGGCAGCAACUUGCAAUUGUUUGUCAGCAAAGAUGGGACCACAACCCUCAGUGGGGCACAGCUCGGCAACAGAGUAACACCUGGAGUUUUUGAAGCUGUGGUCAUUGAGACACAUUGAACGAUGUACCUUCCUGUCCACUGCAGGAUGACCUGCCUCACGACUCUUCGGCAUUUGAUUGUAUUUGAAUGUGUGUGCAAGUACAAUAUGUGAAAAUCUUCUUACAGUCCACACCACUUUUAUAUAAGACUACUAUGAUACAUAUAGGCACUGAUGGAGUAGUGAUACAUCUGACAGAUGACACGGGUUCAGUUCAAUCCCAGUGGCCAAGACCCAGCUACGGCGAAACCCAAGCUGGGAUAAAAAAAAAAAAAGUGAGUGUGUUACGUUGCAUCAGGAAGGGCAACCGGUGUUGAAACUAUGCCAAACAACUCCUGCAAGUGGCUCACAUAGGACUUGUCAAAAGCUGCAACAGCAACAACUAAAAUAUAUAGAAUGGCAGCGGUGAUGUACAGUCAUGGUAGCACAUUUAAAAUGAGGACAAACCAGUCCCUAAGCUAGUGCUUAAAGAAAGGUUAAUGAGCACAUCAGCCGUGUUGAAUGUCAAGGCGAUACUGUAUCCUUGAUUGUAAAACAUUCAUAGUAGUGAUUUAAUUCUACUUUUGAAUAUACUUUAUUAAUUUAACAAAUUAAUUGAAAUGUAGCCAUUUACCGGUUGAUCUACAUUUCUCCCCUCACCUAUGGUCACGAGCUGUGGGUCAUGACGGAAAGAACAAGAUCCUGGAUCCCUCCCGAAUGGCUCCCUGGUGAUGUCUGACCUUGGAAAAGUGGUAGAAGAUGGAUGAAUGGAAAUGUAGCCAGUGUUUGAAGUCCACAACAUAAACAUAUUUUUCUGUAAGAGCACUUAUAAGAGUAGAUCAGUAAAAAUCUUCUGUUCUAUUUUUUCAGGUUUUUUUAAACAACCUCGAAGUCAAUAAAUUAAAGGAAAAUUGAAGAGUACAAGGCUCAAGAAUUUAUGAUUCAGUAUAUGCUUUUUCAGUCCUCCAGGAGAUUUUUACAUUCAUAUAAUUUCUACAUACAGAAAUUCAGACUUCUUUCUAAUAAGGAAUAUAAACAAAUCUUAUCACAUGCGACAAAAGGAAGAGAUCAAUUGAAUCCCAUGUAAGGAACUAAAAGGAGAUUUUGAAUCAGGCAAGAUUAAAUAGUUUGGUGUGAUGGCACAAACAAGUCUUAAUGCCUGAAUAACUGGGCCCAAAACCUUUAUUCUGUUCUAUAUUGUGGUAUGAAAUGUGAGCCGUGUAUGUAUUUACCUGCUUGCACAAUUUUGCACACUGCUGAGGGGUUUGCUAGAAACCUUUCAAAACAUAUGCACAGGACAUGUAAAUGACAAAUGUGUUUUUUUCUUUCAUUGAAAUGUCAUUUUUUCCCCAAACCUCAUAUGGUAGGCCAUAGACUGUAUAAAACUGUACUGUAUCUGAUUAUUCUUUUAACUAAUCACAAAUGUGAGCUUUGUUUUAUCUCCAGGUCUUCCUUUAGUCCACUUGAUUAUUGCGUUCGAUGUACUCAAAUGUGCCACAGCCAUAAUUCAGAAAUUCAUUCUGACUGUCAGAUAUAUAUCUUUUUUUAAACAAAAAACAGAAAGUCACCAAAAAGCAAUGAUUCUACUCUUUAUAAGGACAUUUCACUGUUCUAUUGCAGUAUGCUAAAUUUCAACUUUAAGAUGUAGAACAAUUGUUGUUUCAUUUUUGCAGUUUUUCCCCUCCGUUGCAUCUCUAAUAGUUUAAUACUGUAUUUUAAUUUGAAACCUAUAAAAAAUACACAUAAACUUUGGUGACUGUUUUCAUUUAUUCCUAUUCCUUUAAGACAGCAGUAUAAACGGCAUGUCGGUAUGACAAUAAAAAAAAACCCUUCAAUCAAUUAUGGUAUAUUAGAGACACACCAAUGCCAGAAAAAAAGAAUAAACUGAUGACAAUAAAGUUGUACAUUUUUAUUUUAUCCUUUUUAGGAGGAAAAAAAGAGCAAAUAAGCUGCAAGACCCAAAGAUUUAGUUUUUCUUGUCAGUGUGUGCUCAAUAGGUCUUUGUACCUGACAAAAACAUGGCCAAAAGCCGUAGAAGCUUAACCCUUAAUAGACAGUAAAUGUUGAACAAUAAUCCAACUUCGCAUUUCUCAACAUGGCCAAUAUUUUUCAUAGGUGUCAAAAGUUGGCUGUUCACAGUUAUUGCAGACCAUUCAGGUUAAAACUCAUCAUAGCAAUAGCAAAAAUACACAAACAUUGUGGCCCAUUUCAUUGAGCUAAAAAAACACUCCUAUUUUUUAUGUCAUAUGUGUACAAUAUUUAUUCCUGCUCAUUACCUAACUUGUGGAUGUCCUGAGAGAUGGACACAUUUUUCAUCACUACAACCAUUUCAGAACUUACUAACUUGAAUUUUCUUUGCUUUCUGAGUGAUGACUUAUUUUGUGGGGAUUGUACUCCAUGAUUAUGGGACAAGAAAAUCCAUUUUAUGUUUUCUGAACUGAGUGCAAAGCCUGUGUAUUAUGGAGGGGCAGUGAGGCCUGUCCCAUGGCUAGGACACCACAAAGCCUUCAAUGUACUAUCAACAAUGGAACCUCCCCACCCCACUUCCCUUCACUGGACACAUUUGUGCUUACUAACACUGUCACUGUGCAUGCAGGUCAUGCAUAGUCAACACUAUGGAACUCUGUACCCUUGCUCUGGGUUAUAUUGAGCAAUUACUUUUACAGUGUAUAUACAACAAAAUUUCACUUGGCCACUGUUUACUGUAUGAUGUGUUGGAGAAAUUAAAGAGAGAUUUAUUUUAUUUUUAACUACUGUUGAUUGUCGGCCUACUGUUAUGGAGUACUCCAUAUUCAUUACAAUAAAAGUGGUUAAGGACUCUGUACUUCAAAUAAUUUGCAAGGGGGAUAUUGUGGCCUUUGUGACUCUUUCUUGACCUCCUCAGAAAUAGGACCCAAAUCAUGAUGGCACUUUCUUUGAACCUAAACAAAAGCGCAAGAGUUAAACAGAGAAGGGGAAUGCAUUUUCCCUUACUGACUUUUUAGUGUCACUGGGUCUCCACAGAUAACAUCACCUUGUGAUGUAGUUUUAAACCAACAAGCUGGUGUACUGUAUAUGUUUUUAGGAAAACUGAAAGCUACUGUAAGAUGAGAAAAUAAAUGAAAUAAUUGUACCAAUAUUUACACUAUGAGAGGAACUGUUCAUUUUUGGUUGAAAUGUCUUCUUCAACUUGCUCUGAUAUUUAUGUUUUCCUCUGUGCUGACAGUGCAUAUCGUGUAAACAUGACUUUUUCACAGCAUAAUGAUUUUCUGCAUAUUGUGAUUUUAAAUUUCGGGAGGUAAAAUCAAAAUGGAAAUAUGUAAAAUGAGAAAAUUGGUCAGAAAUUGUAGUGUCGACAUUGACCCAAAAAUAUU